AUGGCGACGCAACACCUGAGACAAGUCAAAAUGACCUGGACAGCACUGCUGACUCUGGCCUACUUCACAUACCUGCUGGUCGGGGCCAUCAUCUUCAGAAUACUGGAGCGAGAAGCCGAGAACAAUAACCGAGACCACUUCCAACUGGAGAAGUUGAGAUUUUUGACUAACUACACCUGCCUGGAUGGACCGGCAUUGGAGAAGUUUGUGGAGGUGAUUUUGGAUGCCUGGGAAAAAGGAGUGAAUCCAUCUGGCAACUCAACAAACCCAAGUAACUGGGAUUUCAGCAGUUCCUUCUUUUUCGCAGGCACAGUGGUCACAACUAUAGGUUAUGGCAACCUCUCGCCCAGCACUGUCUCUGGUCAAGUGUUCUGUGUUUUUUACGCCCUCUGUGGGAUCCCGUUGAACCUGGCGUUCCUGAAACAGCUAGGGAAGUGUCUCACCGUCCACUUGGGCCAACUGGAGAAAGGAAUGGUGUCUGUUGUUCCUCACAAGCAAACGGUGGAGGUUCUUGCCGUGAGCUUUUUCCUCAUCUCAGGAAGUCUGCUGUUUCUGGUCAUCCCUCCUCUCCUGUUCAGUUACGUGGAAGGAUGGACAUUUGGAGAGGGUUUCUACUUUGCCUUCAUUACCCUCAGCACUAUUGGUUUUGGAGAUUAUGUGGUGGGAACUGACCCAGAGAAGCGAUACAUCUCUUUGUACAGGGGCCUUGCAGGUGUUUGGAUCAUCUUUGCUCUGGCUUGGCUUGCUCUAAUCCUCAACAUGGGAACCAGGAUAAUGGAGCACAUGAUUGGUCUGACUCACCCAGGAUUUAAGAAACAAGAAGAGGAAGAAGAGGUGUCAUCCAGUAAACUAGAAGAUUUGUCAAAGAUAUAA